AUGGUUGCUUGGUACCCAGCAGAAGAAAUCCCUGUUGCAAAGAAAGCCAGAAAGGCAUCCAGACCACAAAAGUUGAGAUCCACUCUCACACCUGGUGUGGUUCUCAUUCUUUUAGCUGGUAGAUUCAGAGGAAAGAGAGUCGUGUACCUCAAGAGCCUUGAAGACAACACUCUGCUUGUCUCUGGUCCUUUCAAGGUCAACGGUGUUCCAUUGAGAAGAGUCAAUGCUAGAUAUGUCAUUGCUACUUCUACUACCGUUGAUGUGUCGGGACUGGAUCUUUCCAAAUACGAUGUCACAUACUUCAAUCAAGAAAAGCCAGUUAAGGGCUCCAAGUCCGAGAAAGAUUUCUUUGGCGAGGGUGCAAAGAAAGAGAUCAAGUCUGAGAGAGUGAAAGACCAAAAGUCUAUUGACAACGCUCUGAUCACUGAAAUCAAGAAGACUCCUCUGCUCAAACAAUACCUUGCAUCGUCGUUCUCCCUUAAGAGCGGUGACAAGCCUCAUGCCAUGGUUUUCUAA